CCGCCGCUGCCUUGGGCUUGGGCUUCGCGCAUGUGCAGUAAGGGGGGCGGGGCGGCGCGUUCCCGCGGCUUCCGGUCUGAAGAGCACGAUGCAAGGAGAGGCAAGCCCUAGUCCUUCCCUUAUUGACAGAACCAUCAAGAUGAGAAAAGAAACAGAAGCUAGGAAAGUGGUUUUAGCCUGGGGUCUCCUAAAUGUAUCCAUGGCUGGAAUGAUAUAUACUGAAAUGACUGGAAAGUUGAUAAGUACAUAUUAUAAUGUGACAUACUGGCCCCUCUGGUAUAUUGAGCUUGCCCUUGCAUCUCUCUUCAGUCUUAAUGCCUUAUUUGACUUUUGGAGAUACUUCAAGUAUACUGUGGCACCAACAAGUCUGAUUGUUAGCCCUGGACAGCAAACACUUUUAGGGCUAAAAGCAAAUGUUGUACAGACUACCCCUCCACGUGAUCUGGCAGCCUCCCAGAUUCCUCCCUCUCCACCUUCCCCUUCAAUUCAGGGGCAGAGUGUGUUGAGUUACAGCCCAUCUCGUUCACCCAGUGCCAGUCCCAAGUUUACCACCAGUUGUAUGACAGGAUACAGCCCUCAACUGCAAGGCAUUUCUUCUAGUGGCAAUACUUCUUACAGCCCUGGAGUGACCUACUCGCCGGUCAGCUAUAAUAAGCUGGCGAGCUUUAGUUCCUCUCCUUCUCCUCCGUAUCCGACCACCGUUGGCCCAAUAGAGAGCAGUGGAUUGAGAGCCCGCUACCGAUCUUCACCCAGCGUCUAUAACUCGCCCACCGACAAAGAGGACUACAUGACGGACCUGCGGACUUUAGACACUUUCCUGAGGAGCGAAGAGGAGAAGCAACACAGAGCUAAGCUGGGGAGUCCAGACUCUACUUCUCCUUCCAGCAGCCCUACUUUCUGGAACUACAGCCGUUCUGUGGGGGAUUACGCACAGACGUUAAAGAAGUUUCAGUACCAGCUGGCCUGCAGAUCUCAGGCUCCGUGCGCUAACAAGGAUGAAGCCGACCUCAGCUCUAAACAAGCUGCAGAAGAGGUUUGGGCAAGAGUGACUAUGAAUAGACAACUUCUUGAUCAUAUGGAUUCAUGGACAGCUAAGUUCAGAAAUUGGAUCAAUGAGACAAUAUUAGUGCCACUUGUACAAGAGAUUGAGUCUGUCAGCACCCAGAUGAGACGAAUGGGUUGUCCAGAACUACAAAUAGGAGAGGCUAGUAUUACCAGCUUGAAACAAGCUGCCCUGGUCAAAGCCCCUCUCAUCCCAACGCUGAAUACAAUUGUGCAGUAUCUCGACCUGACGCCAAACCAGGAAUAUUUGGUUGACAGGAUCAAAGAACUUUCUCAGGGAGGAUGUAUGAGUUCAUUUAGAUGGAACAGAGGUGGAGACUUCAAAGGACGAAAGUGGGAUACAGACCUGCCUACUGAUUCUGCUAUCAUCAUGCACGUGUUCUGUACCUACCUUGAUUCCAGAUUACCUCCUCAUCCUAAGUACCCUGAUGGAAAAACAUUUACUUCACAGCAUUUUGUCCAAACACCAAAUAAACCAGAUGUUACGAAUGAAAAUGUUUUUUGUGUUUAUCAGAGCGCUAUCAACCCUCCCCAUUAUGAACUUAUCUACCAACGUCACGUCUACAAUCUUCCAAAGGGCCGUAAUAAUAUGUUCCAUACAUUGUUGAUGUUCCUGUACGUCAUAAAGACCAAGGAGUCAGGAAUGCUUGGGAGAGUCAAUCUUGGUCUAUCUGGUGUGAAUAUUUUAUGGAUUUUUGGUGAGUAGUCAAUCAUGUAAUUCCGAACAUUUGGACUUUGUUUCUUAUGGAACUAGAAGAAGUUGGAUCUUAAGCAUCUGUGAGUCACCCCCUUGUGAAGUACGACGCGUGUGUGCUGCACAUUUGUUAGACCUAGCUGACAUUGCCCUGUUAGGAAGCUUCCCUCUGGAAAUAGAACCUUCUGCGCUGAGAAACAUCACCUUGGACUGUGUAGGAACUUAAGGGGACUGUCCAACAGCAACGCUUCAGUUGUGCUUGAUACAGAACAGUGUGAUUCCCCUUUAAUUAAAUAAACUUAAUUAAGGUUCCCUUUUAAUUGUAACCACCAACUAAUUGUCAACCUAAUUCUUCAACCACCAAAAAAAAAAAAAAAAGUUUUUCAUUAUUAUUUAGUACUGGAAGUACUGAAAAAGAAAGUUUUCUAAUUUUCUUUGUUCUAUCUAGAUACUUCCCCAGUGUUCUGCAAGUCAGCCUAAAGUCAAAUGAAAUUAAUUUCUAAGUGAUGUAGUAAUUUGUCCAUGUAUUUUUUUUAAUCUUAUUAAAAGAAAUUUCAUAUUGUCAGUGUCUUGAAAGGUCAACUCUUAUAUUAAAUUUAGCUGAUAAAAUUAAACUGAGUUUUAGUUAAAAGUAAGAGGGGGCAUCAGCUAGGGAGAUGGCUCAGUGGUCAAAGAUGCCUACUUGCAAAACCUGCUUUACCUAGGUUCAAUUUCCAAGUCACCCAUAUAAAGCAGAAUGGACUUUUAUUUGCAGUGACUUGAGACCCUCACAUAUGAACACGCAUGCAAAUGAAUUAUUUUUAAAUAUAUUUUUUUAAUUUUUUAUUUAUUUGAGAGAGACAGACACACAGAGAGAAAGACAGAUAGAGGGAGAGAGAGAGAAUGGGCGCG